AAAAGGAGUAAUAGUGGCAAGAAAAGAAUAGAGGAAGCAUUAUAAUAUGAUGUUAGAUGGAAAAAGAGGGAUGAGUAUGAACGUGUGUAUGUGAGUGAGUGAAUGAAUGAGUAUAUGUGUGAGAAAAAAAGAGUGAGAGAGAGAGAGAGAGAGAGGUAGAAGGUAACGUGGCGCCGCGACACGUCACGACGCUCAGUCUACCGGCGUCGUUCGUAAACGUAACACAGUUUACUAUGAUGUGUCACGCGACGAUUCGAGCUUAGAUUUAGUUUUCGUUUUCAUCGUUGAUAAAAGGGGGGGAAGAAAGAAAGCAAGCAACUAAGCAAAAAAGAAAAGAAAGAAAAAAACAAACGAACAAAUUAAUUAUACUAAUUUGUACAAAUUCGAUUGAAACACAAUCGAAGAUUAUAAAACGUAAUUGGAAAAAAAAAAGUUAAUUACGUGCGUGUUAUAAAAAGUACUCGUCGUUAAUUGAUAAACAAAUAAAGAAUGAAAGAAUGAAGUCAAAAAGUGGAAAAGAUUGUGAUGGAAAUUAGUGAAACGUCGGAUGAAGAGGACGUAGAAGGAUACAUUGGGAAUAAUACUAAAGUUAUAUCAAGAUUUGAUUUAGUGGAUGUAAUAGAAUCAACGAUUAGAAGUGUCAUUUUAGAAGAUGUUACUACCGUUGUUUGUAAGGAAAAAAAUGAGAAAGAAGAGACGACGACUACGACUACUAAUAAUAAUAAUAAUACUACGACAAGUGAUGAUAGAAACAUAUAUUUGACCAUUUUGAAAGGUGUUAUAAUUAUCGGUAUUAUUUUGACUGCACUUAUCGGUAAUGCAAUAGUCGUUGCAAGUGUUAGAAGACAUCGUAAAUUACGUGUACCUACUAAUAGAUACGUCGUCAGUUUGGCUGCUGCUGAUUUUUUAGUUGCAGUUUGUGCUAUGAGUUUCAAUGCAUCCGUUGAAUUGUACGGUCAUUGGAUUUUUGGUCGUACGAUGUGCGACGUAUGGAAUUCUAUGGAUGUUUAUUUUUCUACAGCAUCUAUCUUACAUCUAUGUUGUAUCAGUGUUGACAGAUAUUACGCUAUUGUAAGACCAUUAGAGUAUCCUGCUAUUAUGAGAAGAAUCACUGUAACUUGUAUGUUAGCAAGUGCUUGGACAUUGCCAGCCUUUAUCAGCUUUAUUCCUAUUUUUAUGGGAUGGUAUUCUACCGAAAAACAUCUCAAUUAUCUUCGAGAUAAUCCACAGGUAUGCUCGUUUGCUGUGAAUCGGCUGUACGCUUUAAUAAGUUCCUCAGUCUCCUUCUGGAUUCCUGGUUUAGUGAUGAUCGUGAUGUAUUUCAAGAUUUAUAAAGAGGCAGUUAGACAAAGGGAAGCAUUAAGUCGUGCAUCGAGUAAUACCAUAUUAAACAAUAUACAUUUGCAUCGUAUGUCUACGUCGAGAAAUCAUUCUAGAGCAUCUCAUCAACUUUUGUUACCACCAAGCAACGCCAUAGAAUUUGGAAGAACGAGAACACAGUCUUGCGCCUCUGCUGCAGAAUUGAACCUUGGGAAUGGUACUUCAAUAAGACAACAAAGUAAAAGCUGGAGAGCCGAGCACAAAGCAGCGAGGACCCUUGGUAUCAUCAUGGGUGCGUUCCUACUAUGCUGGCUGCCAUUUUUCCUUUGGUAUCUAACUACGACACUUUGCGGUGAGGCCUGUUACUGUCCGGAUACCGUGGUAUCUGUUUUAUUCUGGAUAGGUUAUUUCAACAGUGCCCUAAAUCCGUUGAUCUACGCCUACUUCAACCGUGACUUUCGUGAGGCCUUCAAGGACACCUUGAAGAGUGCUCUACCCUGUUGCGCCGGAUGUUGGAAAACACCCUCAGAAUUUGUCUAGCGCGAAAGAUCGACGUAAACGGGGCUCAACACUUUUCUUUUUAUAUUUUUUUUCUUUUUUUGUUCCUUUUCCAAAUUUUUCUUCCAUCGAUCAUCAUUUGUUACUUUACCAAGUGUUCGUCCGACUUUUCUUUUCUUUUCUAUUCUAUCCUUUCUUUUUCGCGUCGGUUAUAAUUUAUUUGGACAUUCAUGAGAACGUUCGAUUGAACGAAACCAAAAUUGAAAGAUUUUUUUUUAUUCGAAUUAAUAUUAUCUCAGAGAUCGGGUAUUUUU